UCUUCUGUUCCCACUGGGGGAUUGCUGUUCUCCCUCUGUCCCAAUUGCAGGGUUUUUUCUUAACACUAAACAAAGAUGAGGUUGGAGAAGUGCUGGUUCUGUUCUUCUACUAUAUAUCCCGGCCAUGGGAUUCAAUUUGUUCGUAAUGAUGCAAAGAUCUUUAGAUUUUGUCGUUCUAAAUGCCACAAAAAUUUCAAGAUGAAGAGAAAUCCGCGUAAAGUAAAAUGGACUAAGGCUUACAGGCGGUUGCAUGGGAAGGACAUGACUCAGGAUGCAACAUUUGAAUUUGAGAGGAAGCGGAACAGGCCUGAGAGAUAUGACAGGAAUGUGACAGAGAACACUCUUAAGGCCAUUAAGAAGAUCGAUAAAGUCAGAGUUGAUAGGGAGGCCAGACACCAUGCAAAGAGAAUGAAGGGAAAGAAAGCGCAAUUGCAGAGAGAGGCAGCAAAGGAACUGGAGCAGAGCAUUCACAUGGUCAAAGCUCCUGCUGCUCUUCAACAAGAGCCCUCACUCACAUUACCAAAGCUCAAGGUCAAGGUUUCCCAACAGCAAACAGAGGACAAUCGCAUGGAGGAGUGAUUGGAUUACUUUGGCACACCGUUUCCAUCACUUUUUUCUUGUUAAGAAUUCAAAGACUAGUAAUGUAUUCAUGGACCGUUGCUUAUUGUUUGGUUUGGAUCACUAGAAAAGGGUUACAUUUUCACUACUAAUGACGUAUGGUCUCCUUCAGAUUGGGUUGGACAUGUUAUUGCAAUACGGUCUUGAUAUUGUAUCUCAUUCUCCUAUAACUAAUGCCAAAAUUUUGUCA